UGGCUGGAGACUCAGGCUGUCUGAGGCUGCAGAACGGGGUGCUCCUGUCUCCGAACAAAGAAACUGAGCAAGCAUCAUAAUCAUAGCACAGAAUCAUCUCUCCUACCAAAACAACAACAACACCCUUUUGUAAGCCAGUAACAACAAUGACGGCAAACGGUGUCAGCGAGAUGCUCCAAAUCCAGUUUGGGCUCAUCAACUGUGGGAACAAAUACCUUACCGCUGAAACGUUCGGGUUUAAGGUCAAUGCCUCUGCCACCAGCAUGAAGAAAAAACAGAUCUGGACCCUGGAGCAGGAUGGAGAUGACUCCAACAUGGUCCUCUUCAAAAGUCACCUGGGCAGGUAUCUGGCAGCGGACAAGGACGGCAACAUCACCUGUGAUAGCGAGACCCCCGGCGUGGAUUGCAGAUUCAUCAUCGUCGCUCACGACGAUGGGCGCUGGUCUCUGCAGUCUGAGCCCCACAAGCGCUACUUGGGCGGCACGGAGGACCGGAUCACCUGCUUUGCACAGACCAUCUCGGUGGCGGAGAAAUGGAGCGUCCACAUCGCCAUGCACCCUCAAGUCAAUAUCUUCAGCCUCACCAGGAAGAGAUACGCUCACCUGAGCUCCAAGCAAGACGAGAUCGCCAUAGACAGGGAUGUCCCCUGGGGAGUGGACUCCUUGAUCACUUUGGUCUUCCAGGACCAGAAGUAUAGCCUUCAGACGUCGGACAACAGGUUUCUGAAGAAUGAUGGCGCGCUGGCAGAGAAGCCCGACAAGACCACUGGCUACACUCUGGAGUUCAGGUCGGGAAAGGUGGCGUUCAGGGACUGUACGGGGAAGUACCUGGCACCCUCGGGGCCCAGUGGGACCAUGAAGUCUGGCAAGAGCACCAAGGUUGGAAAAGACGAGCUGUUUGUAAUGGAGCAGAGCCACCCCCAAGUGGUGCUCACCGCUGCCAAUGACAGAAACGUGUCCACCCGGCAAGGAAUGGACCUCUCUGCUAACCAAGAUGAAGAGGGAGACCAGGAGACCUUUCAGAUGGAGGUCAGCAAAGACACAAAGAAGUGUGCUUUCAGGACCUGCACUGGGAAAUACUGGACCCUGACGGCCAAUGGAGGGGUACAGUGUACUGCCUCCACCAAGACUGCUAAUUGUUACUUUGACAUUGAGUGGCGUGACCGGAAAAUCACCCUGAAAGCUGCCAACGGAAAAUAUGUUGCAGCCAAAAAGAAUGGGCAACUGGCAGCCACUACCGAUGCUGCAGGCGAGACUGAAGAGUUCCUCAUGAAGCUCAUUAACAGGCCCAUCAUUGUCCUGCGAGGAGAACAUGGUUUCAUUGCCUGCAGGAAGCUGACUGGUACCUUGGACUCCAACCGUUCCUCUUAUGAUGUCUUUCAGCUGGAAUUCCGCAAUGGAGCUUACAGUUUGAGAGAUAGCACAGGUAAAUACUGGAUGGUUGGCAACGAGUCCUCGGUGGUCAGCAGUAGCGACGCCCCUGUCGAUUUCUCCCUGGAGUUCUGCGAUUACAACAAGGUGGCAAUCAAGGCCUCGAACGGGAAGUACCUGAAGGGAGACCACGCUGGCGUGCUCAAAGCCAUCGCCGACGACAUCGACAGCUCCUCUCUGUGGGAGUACUAGAAGCACUUUAGCAACCACUGUGGCUUUUUUUUUACAUUUUAUUUUUUUUUCUUUUAAUGAUUUCUUUCAGCGUGCAUGUGGGGUUUAAUGGUUCUAAAGAAUGCAGACCUGCCAUGGAUUGCUAAGCUUGUCAGCCUUCACAGGACAGCAUGUCGCUAGCUUUAGGGGAAGUGUACAUUGCAAAAACCCCAGUUAGACGGGGCCUGUUCUACACGUAGGACUGAUGUACCUCUGUGUUGUUCUUUCUUGUCUAAAUGGUGCCUCACAGUUGUGUGAAGAAAAUAUAAAUUGUCAGAAUAUGUUUUCACUUUAAUCGCAGCCUAGAGUUCAACUUUGUGAGAAAGUACUAGACUUUGAGACCUUUUUUGAUGCACGUUGACCGAUUUUGUUAUUCUGGUUCUUAGAAUAACGUGCUUGCUUGUUAGUUGCUCAUGAGUCCUAGCUGAGAUGCACAAAAUUUUGAUGGGGGGAAAAUCGGCAAAAAACAUUUUUUGCUAGACAGGAAGAAAUAGGAUGCAAACCUCUUGCAAUGGCUUCAAAUGAACCCUGCUUUCAAAAUAAAUACCAGUGGUUUUUCUAACCACCGCUAUCUGGUCUGUCAAGCACAAGUACACUUUCACAGACUCGUGAAAAGCAGUUUCACACCCCAGAGUUUGCUAGCUGAGUUUGUGCGUGGUGGCCUUUUGUGGCACAACUUUUUGUUUUGUUGUUAAUGCUAAAGAUGGGAGCAAAUGACAGGAUGGCCUGUUAAAUAAAACUACAAUUAAAAAGCAGAUAAAACUAAUGAAUGAAAGAUGGAUACCAAACAUGCAAAUAUCCAUCAUUUUCAGUCAGAUUAGCCAAGUGGUUUUGUUUUUUUUUUUAACCAUUUUCAACAGUAUUUAACGAAAGACCUUUAUUUUACAGUAUUUUUUGCUCUUGUCUAAAGAAACCUGACUUUCUUGCCAUAAUUUGAUUCAGUAUUUAUGAAGUAUACAGUGAGAAGUUCUAUCAAAAGGUCAAAAUAACCCUGAAUGAAUAAAAAAUAUGGUCCUCCAUACACAUAACUUGUGGUUUCCACUUGAUUUAACCGAGACCUUUGUAAUGUGAAUAACCUAAAGAUGUGAUGACCAAAUACUGUUUUCUCUUUGUGCCAUAAUAUUUUUUUUUUUUCCUUUUGUCUCAUGGAAGAAAACUGAACUGGAAAUGCUUCAGAUUGUUCUGGGCUUAAGUGCAAUGUGCACAGUCAUCUCAAACAACUGGACCAAGAGAAAAGAUGAAUGCCAAAUGUUGCAUGACAAUUCCACAGUGGAAAAACUAACAUUCUCAAAUUUUAUAAUGGCCACAUUUAACCUGUUCACUGCAACGUACAGUACAAGUUCUGUUUCAAAAUGUGAUGUUUAGAUGUAGGUGUUUGUAUUGAUUACUGAUCUGAAGUUGUUGCAGGUUCAACACCGUAUAUAAUUGUAUAAUAAACUAGUCAACUGGACCCUUGUUAAUCCAUGGCAGGAUUGCUUGCUUUCUUCCUCUGUUGCUGUAACACACAAGCUUCAAAGAAACAAGUUUAUCUGGAAUGCACAAUUGUUUCAAAGGUUUCUGGAAUAAUUUACGAAACUCUUUACUUUUUGAAGGCACAGUCUUUAUCAUUGUUUUAUUUUUUUUCCUGUUUUUGCUUAAGCAAAUUGCAACAAAGCUGAUUUAAAACCCCAAAUGCCACACCACAGCCUGUUGAUCUAUGUCGACAUGGAUAAACUGUGGCGUUUGACUGCUCCAGGUUCAGACUACAGCUCUUUUUGUCAGAUUUAUCAGCAAGCAGUGGCAAACAUAUUCCAGGCAAAAUGGAUGUUUAGCAACAUGAAAAUCGCAUUACAAUUCCCUUUACUUAAAGAAAAUUUGAAUAUUGCUUUAGUAUUAACUAAGGGAGCUGACUAGCUAUGAACCUAGACUUGAUAUUCCUGCUUUAAAUGUUUCUCUUUCCAAUCUAAUGUCGGAAGCUCAGAUAUUCUGGCAUGUAAAACCUCUAUAGCUCACUUUGGUGCUAAAAGGUAGUGGCUAAAACUAUUUAGACAAAAGCUUAUAGUAGAUUCCAGUUAAACAAUUGCACAAAAUCAUUGUCUUUGGUUUUUUUUUUUCCUCCAAGUGACCUCUCAAGAAUAGGCAAUAUCUCAUGUCAUGAAAAACGAGCAACCAUUUAAAAACUAGAUGAGUUUCCUGGUGCUAAAAUGUCUUGCAAGCCACACCAGACUGAAAUUCUGUACAUCAGUUCAUCUCCUUGGUAGUUGUAGGAUUUUAAGGCAGGUCUGUCUUCACUGUAGCAAUGCUCAGUGCUCUGGUACUCCAUUCCACCUCUGUGGGUGCCAGUUUCUCUAACCAAAGAGCCUACAUUAGGCUGGAAAGGGGUGCCAUUUCAACUACAGUGGGUGUACAAAGAAAGCCAUAAAUGCUUUCUUUAAGUGCUUUUCAAAACAAAGUCAACAUGCUACUUGCAACAGGAGACCACGUGAAUUCCUCAUUUGUUUGUUCAAUUGCUAAUGACUGCUUUUCAACUGACAGAGACAGUGGGGUUGUCAACAAACCAGGACAGUAAUAUUGAUAAUGGUUGUGCCUUGCUCAGAGUAUUGGUUGGGUUAUGAAACAUUCCUCUUCUGUAUCUUGUAAAGGUGGAACUUUAUUUUUUAUUUGGAUAACUGUGGUUACUAUUUUUUUUUCUGAUGUGCCAUUUGUAUAACUUAAAACCAAUGUCAAAUAAAAAGUUUCCAUAUGAACUUUU